AUGAAACCAGAAACUUUAGUAAAAAGAAUAAUAGAAUCUAUCGAAACGGAAUCACCAACUACAAUAACUUACAAUGGUAAAAGGAUUAAAAUAUCUAAAAACAUUAUUGAUAAAUAUAAACAUUGUAAAGUUAGAGAUGAUAUAGAUUUGGAAAGAAUUGACAAGAGUGUAAAGGAAGGUGGAUUUUUACCUUUCCUACCUUUGAUAUUUGCUCGUCUGGCCGCGGCUUGUGCAGCAACUGGUGGGAUAUCUGCCGCAGUCAAAGCUGCCAACGCCAAGAAAGCAGCUGAUGCUGAAAAAGUGAAAAACGUAGACAUAAUAUGGAAAUGGAAAAAAUAG